GUCCUGCUUCUUCACCAGGGGCUAGGCAUGAGCCAAGACAACUUCCCAUUUUAUGGAGGUCCACUUGCUCCUGAACAGACAAUGGAACACCCUCUACUUUUUAAUACAUCACAUGCACUUCAGCUCAUCUAGUAGUCAAGCUUGCAGUCUCCUUCCACCAGAUUCUCCUUCAGGACCCCAGGUCAAUGCUUUAAAUACCUCUGGUUUGGCCCUCCCUGCACCGCCUCCCCUGCCAGAGUCAUCACCUUCAUUCCCUGAGGAAGAGCUAUCCUCUGGGGUGUUCCGCUGCUUGGUGUGUCGCUGCUAUACCACAGACAGCUUGGAGGGCUCUACUCUCUCAUGCCAGUAGGGGCCGGUCUCUACCGGAGAGAGAGUGGAGGGAAGUGAGAGGAGACCUACACUGCUGUCGCCUCUGCUCCUAUAGUACCCAGCUUAAAGCCAAUUUUCAGCUGCAUCUGAAGACUGAUAAACAUGCCCAGAAAUAUCAGCUGGCUGCCCAUAUGCGAGAAGGUGGUGCAGCGCUGGCCACUGCACAAGCAUCAGCAGCAGAACUUCCUAUCAGUGGGUACAGCCAGGCAUCUUCAUUCCCUCCUUUGCACCUACGAUGUAACCUGUGUGGAUAUGAGAGUAACAGCAGAGAGAAGAUACAGCUCCAUGUUCAGGGAGGGGGACAUGAAGAGAGUCUCCGUGUGUAUAAGUUUCUGCAGGUCAUUGAAGGCAGCGGUGGAAGUGAUGUGGGUUUCCGCUGUGCCCCAUGUGACAGCACUAUUGGGUCUCGUUUAGGGAUGAUGUCCCAUCUACGUACAGCAAUUCAUCACCAAAAUAUUACACAAUGGAGGCUUGCACAUGGAGAAGCUAUACUCGAAAGAAUUGUAACUGUGUGCAGGAGUCAGCAAGAACAUGUUAAAAUCCCAAACACUCCCGAGAUCACAUCAGCGUCAGAUACAGGAGAAGACAACACAGACAUACCUCAAGCCCCUGUACAGGAUGAAACAUCGAAGACUGAAUGUGAAAAGACUGUCGAAGGCACUACGGUACGUUCUGUCUAUAAGAAGGUGAUAACAAUGGAUCGCAGCAUAGGGAUAAACCAGGCAGGGGGGUAA